GAAAAAAGCUGAAGCUCAUCGUGAUGGUCCCAUACAAUUAUCAGCAUCUGCGUGUGAGUUGUUAGAGACAAGAAAAACGAGACCUUUAGAUGGUCGGAAGAUCAAAAGGAGAAAGCCAAACAGCACCUCCUCAGCAAAUUAACAUAAAAAACCUCUCUUUCUCUAUUUCUUUUAUUAUUGGGUAUGUCUUGAAGUUCUUCUGAAUUUGAAGCAUAUAUUUGUCCUUGAAUGGAAACACGUGCUGGAAGUGAUAUGAAGAUGGCCAUAGAUGAUGCUUUGAACGCCUUCUCUCCUGUUUCCACCCCCAGGAUUUUCUGGAAAUCACGAAGGAGAUCAGCUAGCGGGAGGAAUUUAGAGGUAUCAGAAGAUACUGCUAAUAAACCACCCAGCAAGCAGGAAGAUACUCCUCCUCCUCCUCCUCCACCUUCUAGUGAGGAGGUGCAGAACACGACUCCGAUUUCUGAGCGCCGAAAGGCCUUGUUUGAACCGUUAGAACCCAUAAUGAAUAUUAAUGGCCGACGACCCUUGGCUGAGUCUUUACUUCCUCCCCCUGACUUUGAGUCUGCAAACUAUCCAAAGGGCUGGUUGAUUGGCAAGAAGAGAAAGCUUGUUAAUGUCGAUGUUGUUGAAAGCAUGCGAAGGAUUGCCAUCCAAGAAAUGAACAGAAAGGACAGGGAAAUUGAUGGGCUAAAUGAACAGCUGGAGGAGGAUUCACGGUGUCUAGAGCACUUGCAACUCCAGCUUGUGGAUGAAAAAAGCAAACGUGCUAGAGUGGAAAGAGAAAAUGCAAUGCUUCAAGAACAAGUGAACAUGCUUAUGAACAUGUUACAAGAAGCAGAACAAAUGGGAGAUGAAGGCCCUGAUGAACCUUAAAGUUUAUUAUUAUACCCAGUGUGUGUGCUUGUGUGUAUUAAAUUCUUUUUGUAGGUUUUGUUCGUCAUGUCUAGUUGGCUGCGCAUGUCGGAUGUCUCUGCAGUUAUUAAUUAGAGUGUGCAUAUAGUAAUAUUUGGGGGGAAAUAGAUCAAACCGCAAUGAGCAAACUAUUCGUUUAUCUCAAAAAAAAAAAAAUUGUAAAUCUUCUGGUGACUGUGUGGUUGUUAAUUUAUUAUAUCUUGUUACUCUUUUAAGCUAUAAAAGAGUAUUGUAAUUUAGAUACUUUCCAAGUUGAUUCAGUGGCUCAGUUAAAUAAAGAUCACAGUCGACAUUAUUUUCA